AUACUGUAAUCAGUCGUUGGGCACGUUUCUCCGGGAACAGAGUAGCUGCUCUAACUACUAACUGAGGACUGACUUCAACGCGAGGCCACGAAAUCGAGCAGCUCUCGCCCUCUUAAAAAUCGAGAAGGCAGUCUGUUGCGGAGGAACACAACUUCUCUCGGUUAACGAAGUUGGAUAGCCAAGUGGUGUGGAAGUCUUCUUAUUCUGUUUCAAGAUGAGCAGCAAAAGUAGACUUAUCUUUAUAAUUGUUGUUUGCAUGGCAGUAAGAUCAUUUGCAAUUGUUUGCACGCCAAACAUAUGUGACAAUGUCCAUUGCAGAAUUGAUGUAACAGCAGAAAAUUGCUAUGGGGUUUUUGAGCCAACUGGAGGGUUUUGUGGAUGCUGCCCCCUCUGUGUAACAAUAAUACCUGCUGGUGGAGGCUGUGUGGUCCUGAGAGGAGUACCACAAUCUGCACGUUGCAUAGAGAGUACUAGCUGUAUUAAUGGUACUUGCCAGCCAUUACCUUCUUACAGUCCAAGUGAAGAAUAAACAUACCUAGCUGCCCAAUUUACAAGAAAUUUCUUUAAGUAUACUGCUAAAAUUGUAAUUUAGAAGCAAGUCUAAUAAAGACUGUUUUUGAAAGAAAAAAGAAACUUUUUCCUAGAACAAAUCUUUCAAUAACAGGUAUGAAUUCCAGUUCAGAUGAACUAAUAAUGGGUCUCACAUACUUCAUCUUUAAGAAAUCUUUAAAACUAUAGGUACAGAAUUAUCACAUAUUCAGUCAAAAGAGAAAAAGUAACUUCACUCAC